UUAUAAUUUCUCACCAUUUUAUAGAAUUUAGAUAGAACAGAAUGAAGAUCACAGCAUUACUUGUGUUAAAAUGCAACCCGAUUUCCGACGGUUCGGAUCCUGUGAUUCUAGCGAAUGCAACGGACGUCAAUCAUUUUGGAUAUUUUCAGAGAGUCACCGUCCGUCAGUUCAUCGUGUUCGUCGGUAGAACCGUCGCUAAACGAACACCACCUGAUCAACGCCACUCCGUCCAACACGAAGAGUAUAAGGUGCAUUCAUAUAACAGAAAUGGCCUAUGUGUUGUGGGCUUCAUGGAUGAUCAUUAUCCAGUUAGAAGUGCAUUCUCUGUACUAACCCAGGUAAUAGAUGAGUACCAAAAGAAGCAUGGUGAUUCAUGGAGGAGUAUACAAGCGGAUAAAACCGAUCAAUGGCCUUAUCUUAAUGACGCUUUAACCAAGUUUCAGGAUCCUGCUCAGGCAGACAAGCUGUUGAAGAUUCAAAGGGAGUUAGAUGAAACAAAGAUUAUCCUUGUGUUUUUUUACAGCAUAAAACCAUUGAUAGCGUUCUUGAAAGAGGCGAAAAGCUGGACAGUUUAGUCGAGAAGAGUUCAGAUCUCAGUGCAGCUUCACAGAUGUUCUACAAGCAGGCAAAAAAAUCCAAUCAAUGUUGUACCAUUUUGUGAAGUGGUUAUGAACUUUGAUUCUUUAAGUCAUCAACUUUGGUGAGGUGAAUCUUUCAUGUUUUCCAUAUAGACGGACAAGGCGUUUAUUCUUGUGUAUCGUUUCAUUUUUAUUUAGACAUUUAUAUUCUUGUAACUAAUAUAUAUUAAAACAUUAUUUAUCACACGCGUCAAAAGUAGUAAUCAAACAUCUCGUCGCAGUGUUAAAA